AUGAAGGUCAUUGAGAGUGAGCUAAGGACGAGUUUUAGUACGAGUUUACGAAAGGCAGAGAGUAAGAAUCCUAUUGUACAGGCUAUUGAAAAACGAAUUUUGGAAUUCUCACAAGUACCAUUAGAAAACGGAGAGCCUAUUCACGUUAUGAGGUAUGAAAAGAAUCAGUACUUCAGGCUACAUAGAGACUACUUUUUGGACACUACAAACAUCGAGCAAGGUGGAGGUCAGAGAAUAGCAACAAUGCUCAUGUAUUUGAGCGACAAUGUGGAAGGAGGUGAAACUUACUUCCCCAUGGCUGGAACAGGAAAAUGUAGUUGUGCUGGAAAAAUGUUAAAGGGGUCGUCUGUAAAACCGAUUAAAGGAGAUGCAGUUCUUUUCUGGAGCUUGGGACUUGAUGGGGAGGUAGAUCCAAAGAGUGUACAUACAGGAUGCGAAGUCUUAUCUGGAGAGAAAUGGUGUGCUACGAAAUUCAUGAGGCAGAAUAAACACAACUAAUUCUCCUCAACUGCCAGCUAGCCCAUUCAAAACA